AUGUUCGAUGAUAAACAGAAAUUAGCAAGAGAUCUUAAUCGUGAUGGUGCUUCUUUUCUUUGGUUUCAAAUGCUUGUUGGUGUACUUAAAGCUUUUCCGCAAGACACCUUGGAAAAACGUGAAAUGCUCGAUACGUGUCGCCAUGAAUACAAACAUAACGGAGAAGAAACAAAGAUAAUUGAAGAAUUCGAUAGCACGUAUCACUCAUCACAAGCUGUAUGGUGGUACACCAAAGAAUGUUUUCUUUAUCGUCUAGUUAACAAAGCCCUACGCCAAGAAAAUAUUAAUUUACUCAGGAUCUACCGCUUUUUCAUCGUUGAUUUAUGCAAUCAGCUUGAGGAAGAACACCGAAAACGUAUUGUAGCAGAUUCAGCUAAUAAUGGUAGAGUUAUUGAUCUCUAUCGUGGACAGCAGCUAUCAAGAACUGAGAUAGAUAAAUUGAAAUCGAAUACCGGAAGUCUGAUUUCAACAAAUGGGUUCUUUUCGACAACAACUAAGAGAGAAGUCGCUAUUUCAUUCGCAAAUCCUCGAAAGACUGAAAGGCUAGAUAUUGUACAAGUAUUGUUCGAAAUUCAAGCAAGAAGCUGUUUAGAAUUCGUUAUUUUUGCUGACGUGAAAGAUCUCAGUGCGAUAAAAGACGAAAACGAGUAUUUGUUUAGCAUCGGUGCUGUAUUUCUUAUUGAGUCAGUUAUAUUUGACAAUAACGAGAGUAUUUGGAUAAUAAAAAUGACGGCAACGGAUCAAGGCGCAAAAAACCGAAAGGAUUAUAUUGAACAGACAAGAGUAGAUGUGGAAGAGACAAGCGAAAGUAUAUUAUUUGGUCGCUUACUUAUCGAUAUGGGUCAAUAUGAAGAUGCUGAAAUUUACUAUGAAUCGAUGUUAUCAAAGAUGUCUGAAGCUAACGUUAAUAUUGCUGAUUUGUACCACAACUUAGGUAGAGCUAGAGGUUACAAAGGUGAUUUGCAAAAAGCUCUUCACUACUUUUCAUUGGCUCGAAAUAGUCGCAAAGGAAAUGAACAAAAUAAUCCAGCUGUUGCGCGUAUACUGAACAGUACUGGAAUCAUCUACGGCGAGCAGGGAAACUAUGAAAAAGCAAUGAUUACGUUCAACGAAGCAUUAAACAUUCAACAGAUUUAUCAGUCAUCCGUAUCCAAUAAUCAAGCAGCUGCACAAAGCCGUAAUGUAUCAUUAAAUAUUGCUAUAACUCGAAGUAACACAGGUUGGGGAUAUUAUUUACGGAGUGAGUACGAAAAGGCAAAAAUUGAACACAAUAAGGCUCUCGAUAUUCGCAGACAGUUUUUGCCUAACGAGCACCCGCUAAUUGCGGAUUACUAUAGUUCUAUCGGAACGAUUGCACAUGCGCAGGGGAAUUAUGAGGAAGCACAAAGAAACUACAACAAAGCUUUAGAAAUACGCAUGAGAACCUUGCCAGAGAAUCACCCUCGGACUGUCGAUAGUUUUCAGUUGCUGGGUGAGCUCGAAUACGCUAAUGGAAAAUAUGAUAGAGCUUUAGAACAAUUUGACAAUGUGCGACAAAUGCGUAUAUCAACAUUUGGAAGUAAUCAUCUAUCACUAGCAAGUAUUUAUAAAUCAACUGGCUAUGUGCACCUAGAUUGUGGUCGACAUGAUGAAGCUAUAAAUAAUUUUAACAGUGCGCUAGCCAUUUGUAAAAAGAACCUUCCAGAGACACAUCCAGCUUUUGGUGACUGUUAUCAUUUAUUUGCCUUAGUUGAAGAAAAGAGAGGAAAUUAUGCAGUUGCUCUCGAGUGGUGCAAAAAGGCACAUCAAAAUAUUUCAGCUGGUCUACCCAAACAACAUCGCUUCAUUGCUAAGAUACUUAUUACCAUGGGUAAUAUACAAAUACGCCAAAAGAAGUACCAAUUUGCUCUGACUAUGUAUAACAAUGCACUCCAAAUUCAAGAGAAGUCUUUUUCUAAUGGGCAACAUCCAGAUAUUGCUCUAACUCUAAGUAAUAUUGGCUCUUUGCACACGCUUCUUCAAGAUUUCCAGUCGGCCAAAACCAACUUAGACAAAGCAUUAACAAUUUGUGGUAACUGUUUCAGAAGCAGCCACCCAUCCAAAGCUCGAGUGCUUUAUAAUAUUGGCGGCAUGUACAAAGAAAUGGAAAACCUGCCUGAAUCACUUAAAAACUUUGAAGCAGCUUUAGACAACCUUGAAAACACUCUGCCCAGUAAUCACUUAAGUACGGCAGAUACAUGUUAUAAGUUGGGAUGGGUGAGCUUCGAACUCUACGACUUUACAAAUGCUCUCUAUUACUUUGAAAAAUGCUCAAACAUCUAUGAGUCUCUACAGACACAACACGUGCAGAUUGUAAAUGAGCAUGACGUGAGAAUUGCACGAGAAAGUAUUGAUAUCGUUAGAUAUGAGCUAGGCAUAGAAUAG